AUGACACCGCCCGUGCCUUUUCCGUCAUCACUGGAGAAGCUCGUGCCGAAUCCGAGUGGGGAGGUGGUGUACCAAAAGUCCAGUGUGUAUGGUGUCGUGGACAGAGCUGUGAUCCUCGACUGUGGUCCAGCUACACUGCUACCUGAUAUCUACAUAUGGAGUUUCACCAAACCUGGCUCUCAAGAAAUCAAAAAUGUGGUGUAUGAUUUGGGCAAAGGACACCGGAUGCAAGCCCUUGCACGGACUUUGGGGCAAGUCACAGUCAUUUCAAACACUGCGUCUCUCAGUAUUGAGCAGUUGGCACUGGCUGCUCACGGAGUGUUCACGUGCCAGGCCAUCUAUGAUACAGCCACAGAGGCACGGUUCUACUACUACUACGUGUACUUGACUGUCCGUGUUCCCAUCAGCAAACCUUAUCUGGAGGUAAGCGAGUCCUCUCCGGUGGAAGGAAACACUGUUCGGAUGCGCUGUAAUCUGGAGAAUGGGACAGGCCCGAUACAGUAUGAGUGGCACCAUGAAAACAUGAACGGCAGUGUGACGAUAUUUGGACAGGGAAAUUCCAGUGUCGUUGAUGUGAACAACAUUAACCGCAACAACACCGGGUGGUACCGCUGCCAGGCCCAAAAUCCAGUCAACAGCGAACAGUCGGACCGCACCUGGUUGAGCAUUAUAUUUGGUCCUGAUGUUCCCCAAAUUGACGUAACUCCGUACACAAUGACAGAGCGAGGAUACUCAGCCUUAGAGAGAGAGACUGUUUCUUUGAUGUGCCAGGCUCAGUCUAAUCCUCCCAGUCAAUACGUGUGGCUCUAUAACAACUCCCAGGUCUUUGGUGGACCCCAGUACACUAUCACCAAGAUCCUCCGCAUGCACACAGGAGACUACACCUGCCUCGCCCAGAACACCUACCUGAACACCCGCUCCAAGAAGUCCAUCAGCCUGACUGUCUACUACCCCCCUGAUGGUCUGCCCACUUGUUCUGUAGAGGGCACACUUGAGCACACGUCUCUCAAACUGCUCUGUAUUUGGCCCGGUGGAUUCCCAUCCCCUAAACUCAUUUGGAGCGGAGAACUUGUGGACCAAGAAGGGGUGAACCCAAACACCAACACUGCCACAUUGCUGUACACACAAGGCACUGCAUCAAACAACAGCCUGUUUAAAUGUCAAGGAUCACACAUGGCUUUAAAACAGCCAGCAGAGUGCAGUGUGCAACCAUAUUCUCCUGCAGGGGAGCCCCAGUGCUCUGCUUAUGUGACCAGCAACAACCAGAACCUGAUGCUGUCCUGCUCGUGGGAUGGGGGGUUUCCAAAAGCACUGGUGUGGUGGGAGGGUCCAGGUGUUCAGGGCAAAGGCGGACAAGAGGCAUCCAACAUCCUGAUCCUUCGCUAUGGGACCGUCCCCAAUGAGCAGCCCUAUGUUUGCUAUGCAAGACACCCCCUAGUGGCAAAGACUAAGACCUGCACUGUUCCACUUGAGCCUCCAGUGCUCCAAACACAGCGCAGGACAGUGACAGUGUUCGAAGGCACUGAUGUUCAGCUUACAUGUAGUUUGAUGGACAAUAAUCUACCUUCAAACGAAAUCACUUGGUUCAAUAAUCGAGGUGUGGGCGUGAUGGACACCUCUAAGUACCUGCUGUUGCGCUCCUCUGCCUGGGCCAACCUCACUGUCCGGGACACAGAUGAGAUCCAGGACAGUGGCCAAUACCGCUGCACCACUUCUAAUGCUGUUGGAGGAACAGAAAUCAAUGUCACUUUAGUGGUCAAAAGACACCCCAUGCCCCCCAAUGCGUCUCUGGUCAGUGUUGUGUACAACAGCCCUCAGAGAAACCAAGUGGAUCUGGAAUGGCAGGUGCACAAUGAAGAAGAGUACAAAGGAGGCUGGACAGGUUUCAUAUUGGAGUAUUCGUGGAUGUUUGAAAAGCCUGGCAGGAGAGGAGGCAAAAACGAAUCAAUCAUAGUGCUACAUCCAGAGAAGAUUGCAUCUAUCUGGUACAGUAGCAUCAUCCAGGACCCAGACCAGCGGACACACACGCUCGGGAGCCUCACCCCAACUAUCACCUACCAGUUUAGAAUCACCUCCAUCAACCAUCGCACCCUGGGACACCCAUCUGCACCAAAAUCUCCAGCGGAACCUCGUCAAAACUCGUUACCGGCGAUCAUCGGCGCGGCCAUCGGUGGGAUGCUUUUCGCAGCGAUUCUCACAGCACUGCUGCUCAUGUACAUCAUCCGCAACCGCAACAACAACCCACGGCUACAUGACCUGUUGUUUGGCAGACAACAUAGCCAGUCAAGAGAAAACAUCAACUUUCCAGAAGAUGAGGUGAUGGGAUCUGCAGGGGGAAUAGAGGAUAUUGGUGGAUUAUCAAGUUCAGGUCCUACAAUGGCUUUGCCCCGUGCAGCUUCACCCCUCACUGUCCCCUCCCAGAGUGCCACUCCCAGCACCGGCCAACCGCCCUCUGACCCGGCCUUUGAUGAUGGCAACGAACCAGUCAAUGUCACCAUCACUGUCAAAGCUACAUAA